CUGCAGGGUGUGGCAGUCAGGGCUCCUGAGGGUGGGGCAGGCUAUAUCACCUAGGGAAGAAUUUUUCCUUAGCCAGAGCUUCAGGUAUUGGAAGCAGCUAUCUUCUCUCCGGGGGAAAAAAAUGGCCCUUUCGGGUUGGGAGCCUGUAACGGAAGGCAACACUCCCGACUGUUGCUUCUCCAUGUCUCCCCGCACUGCUUCCCACUCUACCCUCUCCUUAGUCACCUUGAGUCCACGCCGCAGUCCCUGCUCCAAAGCCUUGGGUCUUCGUUGUCUUUCUUCUCACUGGUGGUGCCCUGUGGCUGUGACGCUGGGGAUCCUUUGUGUGGGUUUACUGGUGUCCAUCAUAUUGCUGUCAAUGCAAUUAUCCCAGGUGACUGAUCUUCUAAAGCAACAGCAAGCAAACCUUACUCAGCAGGAAAAUAUACUGGAGGGACAGAGUUUAGCGCAGAAACAGGAGGAAAAGGCUUCCCUUGAAUUACAGAGGAAACUCAAGGGAACGAUUGCAAACCUUACCCAGGAGUUGGAUGAGACAUCCAAAAAACAAAUGGAACUUCUUCACCAGAACCUGAAUCUCCAAGAAGAUCUGAAAAAAGCAGCAAACUUUUCAGGUCCUUGUCCCCAAGACUGGCUCUGGCAUGAAAAAAACUGUUACAAAUUUUCCUCUAGUUCAUUUAAUUGGGAAACAAGCCGGGGGAACUGCUUGUCUCUGGAUGCCCAGAUGCUAAUAAUUAAUAGCACAUAUGAUCUGGAAUUCAUCAAACAACUCACUGCUCAUUCCAAUGCCCCAUUCUGGACUGGAUUAACUAAGAGGAAACCAAGCUCCUCAUGGCUCUGGGAGGAUGGCUCUCCUUUGAUGCCCAAUGUGUUUAGAUUGAGGGGAGCUCUUUCCCAGAAGAAUCCUUCGGACACCUGUGUGUAUAUACAAGGUGGAAACGUUUUUGCUGAGGGCUGCAUUUUAACUGCAUACAGUAUAUGUCAGAGGAAGGCGACUUUGUUGAGAGCUCAGUGAAUUUGAAGGCUCUGGAACAGAGCGAAGAGGCCAUCUUUGAAUUCUCUUCUGGAAUUUAAGCUGUUCUUCCUCACUUGGUUGCAAACUGUGAGAUGCCCAAGAACAGGUGUUAGCUGACUGUAGAGCUCUUUACAGAAAGUGGACUCCAGCUGCCUGGUACCUUUAUAACAAAAGUUCUGACCACAUUUUUUCACCUAGCUUGUCCGAAGCCUCCCACCCAGCCUUUGGUCCCUCUUUUUUUUUUUUUUUUUUUUUUUUUUUUUUUUUUAAGUUUUGUUCCUCUGCAAACCUUGGGAACCCUCUCUACCUCAGUGCCAUCAUCCCUUCGCCCUCCUAAAACUGCAUAGAAGAUAGAACAGAGAAGAGUUGCCCAACUGCAGAUAGAGGGCAAUAAAGAGGAAGCAUGCAUGGGAAACAGCGCAUGAAGAAACAGAAAAGGGGAAAGGUCAUACUGGAAUUCAGCAACGCAUGUUCUCAAUGUUAAAGGCGACCAUUUGUUGGUCUUUGAAAUCGUGGUCUCUCUCCAGACUCUCUUGCUUAUACACACAUACACACAUACACGCACACACACACACAUCUUCAUGUUAGAAAGUAAUUAGAAAUUGGGUGGUCUUUUCUGUGACCUCGUCUACAAUUAAAUAUCAGUUCCUGAAUUAGUUAUUUCUUCAUCUUUUCUCUACCAAAGGAUAGCUUAAUACAUUUAAUAUAUAUUUGUUAGAUUCACUAGUAGGAUGGCCCAAAGGGAAAAAUAGUUGUGUGUUUUUUUCCCCCCCACUAAAGUACAUACCUUUUAUUGAUAAACGCUUCUUAAUUCUGUUAUACUGUGCUAUAAACCAAAAACAAAUGACAAUCAAUUAUAAAACAAACUGAACCAGGUAUGGAAAUAUCACUGAACAGAAACAAAUAGAACUAGAAAUAUUUCUUCUAUUUUCCAUGUUUUUACCACUUUCUCCCACUGUUUAGCCUUUUCAUCCUCUGACACAUAAUCUAGCACCAAUCUUAUUUUUUUUUUAAUCUCUAUCAUUCCUAGGAACACAAAAAGACAUUUUCUUUUACUAACAGACUUACAAUAAACUGAACAUAUAUAAAG